AUGUUCACCCGUCUCCUCUCCUCUCUUCCCUCCUUCAUCUCUCCUCUCUCCCACCCUCCCUCCUUCCUCCUCGCCGCCUUCUUUGUUGCGGCGGCCGUCUCGUUCCUCAUCACGCACCGGUCUCAUCCUCCAGCUCGGGGCUCCAUCCCCUGCCUGCCGUGGCUCCCCGUCCUGGGCAGCCUCCCCUGGCUGGGAGGAGGCCACCCUCCACACCUCCUCUUCACCCAGCUGGCCCGCAGGUACGGGUCUCUGUUUGCUCUCCACCUCGGCCCUCACUACACCGUGGUGGUUAACGACCAUCAACACGCCAGAGAGGUCCUUCUGCAGAGAGGGAGAGACUUCGCUGGACGACCGAGCAUGGUGACCACCAACCUGUUGACCAGAGGAGGUAAAGACAUCGCGUUUGCAGACUACUCUCCUCUCUGGAAGUCGCACCGUCGCCUCGUCCACAACUCCUUCACUCUGUUUGGAGAAGGAACCAGUCGACUGCAGGACAUCGUUCUGUCGUCCGUGGACAGUCUGUGUGCCGAGCUGUUGUCUAGUGGGUUGCGUGGCUUUGACCCGUCUCCAGCGGUGACCAGGGCCGUCACUAAUGUCGUGUGCACGCUUGUUUUCGGUGCUACCUAUUGCCAUGGCGAUGCUGAGCUGCAGGAGGUGAUCCGAUACAAUGACGGCAUUGUGCAGACGAUAGCCAGAGGAGGACUGGUGGACAUUUAUCCCUGGAUGAAGGUCUUUCCCAACAAAUGUCUCAGUAAACUGAAGGAGUGUAUCACCAUCAGAGACCGACUGCUGUCACGCAAACUGGAGGAGCACAAGGCAUCGCUGAGCGACGGUGACCCCAGUGACCUCCUGGAUGCCUUGCUAAAGGGCCAGAUGGACAGCAGGCAGGGUCUAAAGUCAUCUGGGUCAGAGGAUGAGAGGAUAACAGAUGACCAUGUCCUGAUGACAGCAGCUGAGGCUUUUGGAGCUGGAGUGGAGACGACGUCUACUACACUGCUGUGGAUCCUGGCCUAUCUGCUGCACCACCCGGAGGUCCAGGAGCGCGUGCAGAAGGAGCUGGACGAGAAUGUGGGCAGCGAGCGAGCGGUGUGUGUGUCGGACCGCGGCCGGCUGCCGUACCUGGACUGUGUCAUCAACGAGGGCAUGAGGAUUCGACCGGUCAGCCCCGUGCUGAUCCCACACACCGCCAUGACUGACAGCAGUAUUGGAGGUCACUCUGUCAGUCGUGGGACUCGUGUUUUGGUCAACAUGUGGUCGAUUCACCACAACCCCCAGCACUGGGACAAGCCCGACCUGUUCAACCCAGAUCGCUUUCUUGAUGACCAGGGCCAGCGCUUCACACCCUGCUGCUUCAUGCCGUUCGGGGCAGGACCUCGAGUCUGCGUUGGUGAAUCGUUGGCCAGGAUGGAGCUCUUCCUCUUCUUGUCCUCUCUGCUACAGCGAAUGAGCUUCUCGCUGCCAGACGGGGCUCCCCUGCCUUACCUGCAGGGGCGGCUGGGUGUGGUCUUGCAGCCGUUACCUUAUAAGGUCGUUGUCACUCCGAGAGCAGGGUGGGAGCGCGAGGUAAAAUGAAAGAGGGAGGGGUUGAUAGUUCAGCUGAACGGCAGGUGAAAAAAACAAAAUGUUGUCUCCUCUCUGUCACAACAACAAUACAAGAAGCAGAACACUAGAAUCUCAAUAUAGCAACCUUUUCCAAAACAAAUGAUAUGAACAGAAAUGGGUUUUUUAAAGCUAUUAAAAGAUUAAAAAUCUACAUAAAAAUGCUGCUAACCAUUAAACUACAAUAUCACACUAGUUUUAACAUCAAAUACUAGUGCUUAUAAAGUACAUGCUAAAGAUUGGUACUUUCAAAAGAGCUUAAUUUUUCAGGAAUUUCUACUAACUAACACAAAUUAGACCCUGACCCCCAUUUGAUAAGAUCUUGUCCAAGGGCCCCCCCAUCUGAUAGGAUUUUAGUUUUAUUACAAAAUUAUAUGAAACCCGUGACCAAAAUAGUCAUACAAUCUGUCACUGUGCUACUUAUGAAUAGAAUUAUAACAAAAAUAAAGUAUUCCACUUUUUGCUGGAACCCCCUCAAGGACCCCACUUUGAGAACCACUGAUGUAGAGACAGAGCUCAGUUUAAACUUUAUGGACGAAUGAAACGUUUCUUACAGAUUAAUAACUCACCACUCUGAAACUCUUGCUCCAGUCCGUGUUGCUAAGCUGGUAAGGAGAACAUAAACAGCUGAACCGAAGCUGCGUUUACUGGCUUCUCACAACCUGCCCUACUGUGCUUUGGAUUGGCUAGUAGUCUUUAACUAGGAACUGCGCAUGUGCAACCCCCAAAAAAAGAUCAUGUAGAGGUAAGAUGUAUAACUCCAUAGAUAAAACAGAGCGUUCAACACAUAGGGUAAAAAGAAGAGCUGCAGCAAUGUGCAGUAUGACAAAAAUAUGAUGUUUUUUGAAAAUUAAUGUAUGUAAACCUGUUCUGGUACAACCCCUAAAUAAGAUUUUUAACCUCAAAAUGAGCAUAAUACGACCUCUUUAAGUGAAUAUUCUCAAGGGACAUAAGACAAGGUUAGCUAAGUGCUUUUAAUCUUCCAAUUCAGCGUAGAAAGAAGAUAGAUGAGAUAAAGAAUUAUUGCAUGAGAAAAAGCUCACAAAUUAACAAACAAAUUACAAACAGUAGGCUAACCUGUGCCUGCACUGCAACAACUUCAGGCGAAUUCUAUGCUAGCUAAUAAAACAUACAAUUAACAUGUAGGUGGAAAUGAUAUUAAGUGGGAGAUUGAGAGUUUUUAAAUCUACAGUAGAACAUAAUUAAACUGAGUUUAAACUGAGGCUUCGUCCACACUGAUACCGUUGCAUUUUAAAACAGCUUUUUAAAAUGAAAAUUAUCUUCAUACAUAUGAGAUUUAGCAGUUUCAGAAUUAAUCUCCGUCCAUACGAACACUAUGACAAUUUACAUACGCAUGCGCAUGCCCGUGUAAACAGCAGAUUGAUUACUCUGCGGUUGGUUUCUUAGUUGCAGAAAAUACUACAAACAAAGAACAGCAAUGGCGAAAAGUUAGACCACAGAUUUCUUUGCUUAGACCUUCAAAGAGAUGGAACAGCUGCUAGCAGAGACACCAAGGUCAGCAACGCCUGUAAUUGGCUAUCCAUGUUUAAUUAACCGUUGUUAUUCAAGGCUGAUGUUGUCGUUUUUUUUGUCAUCACAAGGUUGAAACACAAUCUUGGACAGUUUUAGAGGUUUUAGGGGUUCGAAAACACCAGAGUAGUGCAGACAGUUUGAGUAAACAAAAGUUAUGCCUUUUAAAACUAAAACAUAUUAGUGUGGAUGAAGCCUAAAAUGGGCAUCUAGUUUUCAGGAAAUAAAAAUUUCCAAUUAAAGAUGAAUUACGAUUGUUCUGACAGAGAGCUUAAAUGUAAUCCAUGUAGAGCCUAAUUUGACAAUCAAUCAAUAAAUAUUGAUUCAUCUCCGGUAUGGUGAUGGUGUCCUGUUUUCAUUAUCGGUACCAGUCGGAUUAAUGCUGUUCUGCUGUAUGAACGGACAUAGACAGGUGGUAGAUUUGACAGUUUUAUUCAGUAUAUCUUCACACGUUUUUAGAACAGGCUGGUUUAGUUAGAUCACACACAUACAUCCACACAUACACACUCACUAUUAAUUUAGUUAUACUAAUAAUUAGCAUCAUUAUCAUCAUAAUAUUAAGGGAAUUUUAAAGACUAAAUCUCUUCUCUGCUUCCUUCGACUCCUCCGACAGAAACCUCAUGCAAACAGGAAGGAGAGAAGAGAUAACAAGAUAAAAACAUUAUUUAGACAGAGGGAGGGGCUCCUACAAUAGAAGGAACACACUGACAUUUUAGUAAAUUAAAUAACUUUGUCAAACACCACAGGUGAAGCUGCUUCCAAUCUCCUCAUUAAACAAGUAAAAGUUGAUCAAAGAGCCAAAAUGGUAAACAUUUAAUGAGGCCAAAAACCAGAGUUGUCUGAAACUUUGACUGGGUUCACAUUUCAGAGUCAGCGCUGCAUUCAGAUUACGACUCUAAUUGAGGAUUAUUUACCCAUAGUGCCCAUAUAUAAAGCAGCUGGGCGUUACCGCCCCAUCUAGGGGUUUUUAAAAGACGUAUGGUCUUUAAACUUAAGGUUAAGAACUUUGCCUCGCGUUGGGUUUGUGAAUGUAAUUGGGCAUUUAAAGGAACCAUCUCACCCCAAAAAGUGUAUUGCCUCCUCUGUUUCUCCUCAGUCCUUUGUCUAAUAACCGCAGUUCAAACGAUGACCAUUAAAAUGAUAAAUUCA